CCUAAAAACCAAACCACAAUUUCUUUUUGGGUUUAAAAACUAAAAUCAUCCUCCCAAACCCAAUCUCUCUUAUCUUUUUUUUUUUCCCCAAAGAUCCCCAUAAAAUAGCCUUAAAAAAGAGAGGAACCCAAAAAAAGGGCCAAAUUAGAGAGAGAAGCAACAAGGAAGAGAGGGACCAACCAAAGCCAAAACUAGUCAAGCUUUAAAGGAUGUGGUGGGCAGUAGAUUAGCAGUAGUAGUAGACACAGUUGCGUAGAAAACGCUUCCUUCCAAAACAAAAACAAAAAUUAUUAACAGGGUUUGAAUUCCAAUUUAAGGCAGGAUGGUGGGUGAUAGCGGAUGGGUCUGAGUUAGAUUACGAAGGUGCUGCGAAGUAGAUUGAACGAAAUGGGUAUCUCUUAGAUUUUGGAUUCAUUUUAGUACAGUGUAGUGUUUAAGGUCUGUUUGAUAUCCUUUUCAAAAGGUUGCUUGGGUUUUUUUUCUUCUGUACCGCAUCCACGCUGCUUGUUCUUUAUUUCUUCGUCGAUUUGGCUAAGAACAUUGUGAAUCUGACAGAUAAAGGGUGAGGUUGCUUUGAAUUUAAUUUGUAAGAUCGGAAAUGAAUGCUCUUCUAUUUUGAAGUUACGUUAAUCAAGUAUUUGGAUUCAGAGAGUUGGAGGAAGUUGUGUGAAAAAGAGACUCUCCAGUUUGAACUUUGGAUGUUACAAGAAUUGAAAGAAGUCUGCUGAGUUCAGAGAUUCUCGAUUAGAAAACGGAAUCUGAGUUGUCUUAACAUCUAGGUUUGGUUUGCAUGUUGUAGUGCUUGGAUGGUGGGGGCAGGAAUGGAGCUAGCAACUGGUAAUUGCUGUAUGAAAAUUCAGCAAAACGAGUGGUAGUGUCCCGUAAUGGUUGAGAGUUGGGUUGAAACCCAAAGAAAACGGCAGUCAUGUUGUCGGAUGAGUUCAUGAACUGUGUUUCGUUUGACGAGAAUUCAAUUUCAGAUUUUUCCAAGAGAAUACUCAAUAUGAAGAGUGAUAGGAUGAAGAGCGGGGAUGUAUUUCCUCGCAGAAGCAAGAAACUCAAGGAUAUUGAUCAUUGCAACACUGAAAAUGAGGAUAUAAAAAUUAUUGAUCCACCUUUCAUCAAGGAAACGAAUGUUGCCCAGGAGAGUAAGCAGGAACCGAUGUUGGGAUUGCUUGAUUGGCUUAAAGGUAUUGCGAGAAACCCAUGCGAUCCUUCUAUAUGUUCAUUACCAGAAAAGUCAAAAUGGAAAUCAUAUGGGAAAGAAGAGAUUUGGAAACAAGUUUUGCUGGUUCGAGAGGAAAUGUUUGUGAAAAGACAAGUUGAUUCAAGUAGCGAACAAUCUUUUGUGCAGAGAAAUCAGAGGAUGCAUCCAUGUAUGUACGAUGACGAUACAGUUCCGAUUUACAAUCUUAGGAAGAGAUUAAGCUUUGACAAAAAGGAUCUUUCUCAAGAACCCGUUUCUAAAAUAAGUGAUUCCUCACCUACAGAUUCAUCAGAUGAUUACAAGCCUGUGCCUCUGGGGUCAGACUAUCAAGCUCAAGUACCGGAAUGGAAUGGUGUGAUAUCUGAGAGUGAUUUAAAGUGGUUGGGAACACAAGAAUGGCCCUUGAAAAGAGGAAGGCACAGAUAUCUAGUUGAAAGGGAUCCCAUUGGAAAAGGAAGGCGAGAUUCUUGUGGGUGCUUGGAUGCCAAUUCGGUUGGCUGUGUCAAAUUUCAUGUUGCUGAGAAAAGGCACAGAUUGAAGCUUGAGUUGGGCAACACGUUCCUCCAAUGGAGAUUUGAUAAGAUGGGGGAAGAUGUUACAUUUGCAUGGACAGUGGAGGAUGAGAAAAAGUUCGAGGAUAUAGUAUCAUCGAAUCCUCCGUCCCUUGGGAUAUCUUAUUGGGAAGAUAUCAUUGAGUCAUUUCCUUCUAGGAGCAAGGCAGAUCUUGUUAGCUACUACUAUAAUGUCUUUCUUUUGCGUCGCAGAGGACACCAAAAUCGGGUUACGCCAGAUGAAAUCGAUAGUGACGAGGAAUCAGAUUCCGGAAUUGCAACCAAUGGAUUUGGAAACGAAGUACAUAAUUCACCUGGCUCCAUUUUCUACUCUCCUAAGAAGCCACGAUAAGCUUGAGGGGUAUAGCUCAAAAACAGAUUCUGACAGAGUACCAAUGUUGAUAAUGUUGAUUCUGAUUUGGAAAUCUGCAUUUUUGAUUAAUGAUUUUUGUCAAGUGGGAUAUGGAAAAUUCUUUUUGAUGUUACAUGGAAAGCUGCUGUUGUAGCCUAUGGCAAAACGGAAGCUAAAGGGAUGAAGGCGUCAUGAUUUACUGAGUUAAGAAAUCGGGCUGAAUUUGGAGGCUCGAGCAAUUUUGGUUUUGGGUUAUGUUGUUCAGUUUGGAUCAAAUUGAAGGGUUGAUGAAUUGUUUUGCUAGAUUUUGUCUCCUGAAGGAUCUUGGUCGCAAGGCCCUCUUAAACAGGCAAAUAGAUUUAGUUGUGAAGGGGAUUCUAUUUUGUUCAUUCCAAAAGUUUCAUCUUUGUAUAUUUGCCCUCUGAAGUCAGACAUGUGAAAAGACGUAUAAGCAUGACCCUUUAAAAAGAUUAAAAUCACAGUUUAUAUUCUAUGGUGGUUUUGGAUGAUUUUUAGAUGUGUGCUGUUUUGGUUUUUACAGGUGCUUGGUUAGGGAGCGGGUUGAGUUGGGUUGGAUCAGAAAUUUUGUAUGAGGUCUUGAGUUGAAUUAGAUUGAAUUUGUAAUAACCAACUCGACAAACAAAUGGAUGGACCAAACAUUUAAUUGCUACUUUUAAA